AUGGAAGCAACACCUACGGCAGCACCAGCCACCUACAGCUAUCGACAGAGGCGACAAGAAGCGGUGGCAGCCUCGGGGCAUCGCCUGCUCCACCCCUCGCUCGCCCACCUCCGUCCAGUAGAGGGGAGGGACGGUGGUGCUGCUCUCGCGGAGGACCACUGGACAGAGGGCGCAGAGCUGCUCCACCAGUGGCGCGACCUGCACCGUCUGCGUCUGUUCAGCGACGCCUUCUCGCGCCAGCUGAUCGAGGAGGUGGAGCACUACCUGAACUCGCCGGCGCCGAAGACCAGCGAGAUCGUGCUCGAGAGUAGUUAUCAGCAGACCAAGUGCCGCACCAACUGA